AUGUCCUUUCGCAAAAGAAAUAUUGGCUUGUCAACAGGCGUCGAUCGCGCCACGGCUCUCAAUUCUACUGCGCAACCGCAGCAAGCCGCGACCGUACCAGAAACAAAUCCCGGAAUCCGACCCUCUCCCGAUGAUGGGCGCCCGACUACUUCGACAGGUAGCCGGUCGCUGGAUAACCUCCUAGCUGGACAUGGCGGGCUUCCCAUUGGAAAGACUCUCUUAAUUGAAGAGAAUGGAACUACGGAUUUUGCAGGCGCAUUGUUACGGUACUAUGCAGCAGAAGGUGUCGUACAGGACCAAAAGGUUCACGUUGUCGGGAUGCCCGAGCAAUGGGGCAGAAGCCUUCCUGGCUUGAUAGGCCCUGCGGACGUCGCAGAUGAGAAACCGGCCAAGCGAAAGGGAGAACGCAUGAAGAUUGCCUGGAGGUAUGAGCGUUUGGGGGAGUUUGGGGCCGGUGUCGCUGGUUCAAGAGCGCCCGUCGCAACCACGGGAGAUCAAGCUUCGUCCGCGGCCAACGGAGACCAGGCUCAGCAGCCAGCAUUCUGCCACGCUUUCGACCUCACCAAACGUCUAACCCACCCAUCUAUUGCCAAUAUCACGUAUAUCCCUCUCGCCCGCACAAAUGAACCCCUCUUCAUCUCAAUUCAUAAGCGUCUUCAAGCCGCCAUCGCCCAAGGCCCUCCCAAUACGGUCCACCGCAUUAUCAUACCUUCCUUGCUCAACCCCACGCUCUAUCCGCCUGAGGCCAGCCAGCCCGAGACCAUUCUGCCGUUUCUUCAUUCACUAAAGGCUUUGAUGAGCGCACCCUCUGCGCGUGUCACAGCUAUGAUAACAAUGCCUUUGUCCCUGUUCCCCCGCUCUUCGGGGAUUGUGCGAUGGGUCGAACUUUUGACCGAUGGUGUAAUCGAGCUUUGUCCUUUCCCCCACUCUGCCGAUGCCCUCGCAACCUCAGGCGCUGCGACAGCAGGUGAAGAGCCACCGCAAGGCGUGCUCAAAACCCAUCGACUGCCUGUGCUACACGAACGGGGCGGGGGUAGUGAUCAGAAUGUUGGACAAGAUUGGGCGUUUACUCUCAGCAGACGGAAGUUCGAAAUUAAGCCGUUCAGUUUACCGCCGGCCGAAGGAGAUAAGGAAGCCCAAGAAGGCGCGGGUCAAGGCGGAAUGCCAAAAAAAGCGGAUCUAGAAUUCUAA